AUGGCAUCUCAAUUUGCAGCUCCACAACAAGAGGAGAUCUUCCAUGUUUAUGGUGGGAACGACUUUCAAUAUUCCAAUUUUGAAUACAAUCCCAACAACCACUACAAGGACGAACGAAAUGGGCGCGCUUCGGUGCCAAAUUAUAUGAAACCAACCCAAGCCAGUCGAAGAAGAGCCAAAAGUGCGGAUGCUCGUCCACAAUAUCGUAAUACCAGUAGUACUAGUAGUUCGAGUAAAUCAAGGGCCUUGGAACAGCAAAAGUCCUAUGAAGAUCGACUCUUAGAUGAAUUGCUAGAACAACAAUUUGAUCUCGAACACCAGCAGGACAUUGAUGUGCAACGAUUACCACCUCAGCAGCAAGCAACAACAACAACGACACAAACGACGACGACGUAUCAAGGACCACAAAUGCAACUUCCGACGCAGGAUGGCGAUCAUUUCAUGGAUCCGAACCUGGAGGAGCCAACGGAACGAAUACACUUUGAACGGGAAAUGCACAAUCCUUUCAGCAGUGGAGGCGCAAAGCGAUUGGAACAACCGCUCGACCGCCAAACUCCAAAGUAUUCAAAAGAAGAAACGGAGGAAGAAUUUUUCAAUCCUUUUGGGGGUGAAUGGAGUCCAGAAGAUGACAAGAGGCGAUGGGACAUGCCAUACGAACCAUCAUCAUCAACAUACCCUGCUCCCAACAACCCAGCCACCCAACAACAAAAAGUACAAGGAACAAGGUCCUUUCCAGACACAUCACCAACAUAUCCCACACCCACCAAUAGUAGCAGUCAAACACAAAGUGUGCACGGGACCAAAUCGUUUCCAUCGUCUAGUAGGAAAUCAUCGUCUACAGCCAGUAAAUCUCAAAAGUCACAACACACUGGGGGCGAUUGGAGAAGCACAGUGAUGAAGAGUACAAUGGUGCUAAAACCCAAAACAAAGGCAGUUAAGGAACAAGUUAAAGCCAUUACAAAUAAACUAUCCUCGGCAAUGUCUUCGGCAAGGUCUCGAUCUCAGAUUCCUACUUACUCAAAGAGCUCGCAGCCAAGAUCCAAAAGCCAACCUCCUCCCGCAAGAAAGAAUAGAGGCCAAUAUGUUGCAGAUUCGGGAAUCAUGAGAAGGCAACAACAGAACAAUAACCCGAUACCAACGACAAACGCAACACCAAGAAGCAAGGAUGAUUAUGGGAGUUUUGAUGUGGAAUAUGAUUUUUAUGGCGAUGGUUUUGCUCAAUCUAGAACCUUUUCACACGAUGGAUCGCAAUCGGAUCAUGGCUUUCGUGUGAUUCGACCGGAACGUCCAAGAAACCCACAAAUGCAAAUCAAACCGGACGCUGUGGCUCCCAGCUAUACUAGCAAACGCCCGGCACCUGUUUCGUAUUCGCAGUAUCUAGCCACUAGCAAGAUUCCAAGCACCAAAGGAGGUGCUUUCUCAAAAGUAUCGCCAACCUCCGUCAUGGAUAGUAUCCAAAAUAAUUCCAAUGUCCACUGGAGCAAUAGAUUGGAACCAGCAUCUACACCUCGAACAAUAGAGGAUAAUCCCCAAUCUAUUCUACGAAAGAGAUACCCAGGCAGUAUUAAUGAUCAUGACUAUCUCAUAGAACCAACGCCUGUGGACUUUCGAGAUGGAAGCGGAAUGUCCCUUUCUCCUAUCGAAAACCGAACAAGUCCCGCCCAACCCCAGCAUCAAAACAUGCGAACAGCACAGCCAGCCAAAAGUGCGGAUGAGUCGGACUUGAUGUCUAUUGCCUACAGCGAAUUCAUCGAAUCGGUAGCCGCAGUAGUCAUUCAGACAACUGUUCGAAGGUUCUUGGCUAAGCUACUUGUCGACAAACUACGAGUGCAAGUUGCAGCGGCACGAAAGUAUCGAUACAACCGAAAACGAAUUGAAGGGAAGACAAUAACACCAAGACCUGUCAAGGUUCCUAGUGUUCAAAGAACCAGCGUUCAAAGCAGAAGUCGAAAUCGAGUGCAACAACUGCAACAAGAAGAAGAAUCCAUGGCCAAUACGGGAAUGGAGUAUCAACUAUUUGUAUUUGCGGCAAUACGUAUCCAAUCAGUCUUUCGAGGUUGGUUUGUACGAGAUAUCAUCAAGAUCGAGCACUAUUGCGCAACCAUCAUCCAGAAGAAUGCCAGAGGUCUCGUCUACCGAAAUCAAUACCAAUAUGACCUGUUCCGAAUCAUCAUGGCGCAGUCUGUGGUCAGACGAUUUCUUGUAUGCCGAGAUCUGUAUGUUGUAGCACCAGAUCCAGAAGUGCGACGAGUACUUGAUUUUGCUGCGGCCAUGAUUCAAGCUCGCUGGCGAGGCUUUGUGGCAGAGAUGAGAUACUUUCAAAAUUAUCGAGAUGUUCUCCUUGUGCAAAGUGUCGUUCGGCGUUGGCUUGCAAUUCGGUUGGUCAGGGCGAUUCAAUCGUUGGACCAACACCAGCAGAAAAAGUCGACUGGCAACAAUCGAUUUGGGAAGUACGGAGCCAGACACAGCUUGGGAAAUGUCCGUGUCCAUGCACACGAACCAGUACCAGUAGUACCAGUACAGCCAAAAUCCACAGGCACACACACAUCAUCCAAGUGGUCCAAUACACGUAACGUGCCGUGGCAACAGCCGUCCUCCUCUUCCAAUACCACCAUCACUCAUUCCGCAUCAACGGAAGAGCGAGGGUCUACCACCAGUCAAGCAAAGCAUGAUGUACCGACUGGAAUGGGCAGCAUUGCCAAGCGUCGAGCAAUGUUCGAGUCAAAGCGACUAAAUACUGUCCAACAAGAGGAUGCGAGUAAAGAAAAAGCGGCAGCCGCAAAGGCAGAGUUGAAGGCCAUGCAACGAAAGGUUGGAGUGAGACCCAGCCCUGGAACACAAAGUAUUAGUAGCCACCCACAACGAGCGAAAUCCAUGUCGGGAAGAAUUCAGAAUCCGCUAAGCAAGAAGAACUGGGGCCCGGACUUUCGUCCCAACACGAAAGUAGUAGGAAGAGUCUCUACGUUUGAAUCAUCAUCAGGUUCUGUCGUUGCUUCUGAUGUCGAAACAGAAGUACAAAGUAAUCGAACUAGCACUUCCCGUCUUUUGCAAGGAUGGCGCGAUCGAGAAAAAAGCAACAGCUUUGAUCAACGAAAUUCCUUCGAUAUGACAUCGGAACGAGCCACAACCACGGCGACGGAAUACCAUGGUAGAAGCAGCAAUACUAGACUGUCUACAGGUACCAUUGGUCUUUCGAAAUACCUUGGUGGCAAAACCGAACAUCAGGAGGCAGUUGCACCUUUAUCGCAUGGAGGUGGAAUGGUCCAUCGUCCUCCUAAUCCCUCCCAUGAGCAAUGUUCAAAUCCAAAUUCAGAUCCAGAACCCUCAUUCCAGGAUAUUAUGCGAUCCAAGAGAAGUCCCAAAGAGUCUAUUCGAAUCCAACAGAUCGAAGAGGUUUUCAUCAAGGUUGGAUUGAUGCGCCCUGUCAAUAGGCCUCUAUUGAAUGCAAAUGUUGGCCAGCCACAACCAUCCAAGGUAGAAAGGACUUAUCUCUCCUCUCCGCUUCGAAAAGUAAACAAUACAAAGGUGGAACAGAGUCCUAGCGGUACCCAAGCCAUGAAGAAUCAGUUACCAUGGAGGGUUCAACCAAGUCGCAGUCUUGAUUCGUCCUCACCAAAGACCGAGCGAAAGCUGUUUCAUGACGAGCCCGACAGUGGCAAUGACAAUGGCAACUCGAGCAACGAACAAGCUCAAUCACAAGCAGCUCUCAAGAUUUGGAGAAACGCUAGACAGCCCCCUCAUGCCAACAGCAACAGCAACAGCAAUAGUAGCCGAGCACAGCAGCUUCCACCUAGACAACAACAACAACAAUCGUCGGGAGUGGAACGUAGGAGUCUUGGUGGUGUUGGUGUCGGCGCAAAUCCAAGUCCAGUCAAUGAACGCAGCAAAAACCUGCUAAAUUCGCUUGGAAUCAACACAUCAUAUACAAGCGAAGUUAGCACGGACGUUUCGGAUAUGGAGAAUAGCCCUUCUCCAGCGUUCCUGAGACGGUUCCAAAAGGUGACACCAGAUUCGCCAGUUCCAAAAACAAAUCUGUUUGGCGCACCAGAAGUGCAGUCACAGAACAAGGUUGUUUCUACUGUGAAUCAGAAUCACCCACAAAGGCCUGUAUUCUCGCAAUUCCAGAUUCAAAAGCAAGCAGAACGCAGCCAAGAAGAUCAAAUCAAGAUUGAUGCCAUGCAUGCUGUCUUUGAGAAAGUCGGCUUGAUGAAAAGUGUUGCAUCAAUAUAUUUAUAUACUGUAGUGGACAAUGAAUGA